CAUCCAAACGGCCAAAGGAGAAUAUCGAUUUCGUCUUGCAGGUUUGAACAUCAUGGCAAACAAGAAACAAAUACCAUUAGGGUUUAGUAAAGGUGAUCAAGAAUCUAAAGGUCGAAAGAAGACAAAAGAUACUGAUACAAAAAAUUUGUCUUCAGAAGAUGAUAUCCUUACACAGUUGGAAAAGGAUGGAAGC